AUGUCUGAAACAGGAACCACAUCGUGGUGGCCACAGUUUGGCGGCAAAGCCCCAAAUCCCGAGUCAGCAGACGUCCCUACGCCCCCGGUUGACCUACCGAAUCAAAGCACAAUUGUGUCAAAGAGCACUACCAAAUCAUACGGUUUGUGGAAUUGGGGAAAUGCUGAACAAACUCCUGAUCUUCAGACAAACGAGGUGAAUGGAACAACUCAAUUGGCCUCCACAGUACCUAAACAGGACGAGCAGUCUUGGUGGUGGUACAAAAGUCUGACUACAAUAGUGCCAGAUCCCAAGAACGCAAUCGAUGCAAAGAAUGAGACAAGUUCCAGUAGCGAGCCUACUGGAUACUUCGGAAGCUGGCUACUGUGGAAUGUGUUCCUGAGCGGCCAAAUCGUGGAUCCGGAGAGUGACAUGGAAGAUCAACAGUCUGCUGAGCUUUACCGAGAAGCCAAGCAGGUCUUGGAAAACUCUCGGGAUUCGUGCCACUAUGCAAUCUCAGGAUUUUAUGGAUCCUCUGACGUAGAAUUGGCAGUUACGGGGACCAAAACCGCAACUCAUCCAGUGAAGUACAACCACAAGAAGAAACCUGCUAUACCAAGCGAACUUUUUGAGAGAAGUAUGACCACUCCCAGACCCUCCAGGGCUAAUUCGCCUCAUCCAGUUGGUGACCAGAAGCCUGAUCAUAGUGUUAGAGGAAAUAACUUUGGCAGCAAUGGCACGCGGAAAGCUCUGGACUCUUCUCUGCAAAUGCAACAAAUGGGAUUCAAUCUCAAUAAUCAAGAGAGCAUAUCGUCCAAUUCAUCCAUUAGAAGUGUUCACGUAAACACCGAUCUAUCAAACCCGAGUGCUGUUUUGCCAGACUUGGCUGACAAUUUUCGUGAAAUCACUAUGACGACAAAGAUUAGGCUAAUAGGCGAGUCCGUUUUAUAUGGCCCUGAUUCCUCUGAAAAACACUUGUACUCCUCUACUAAGCGAUCUAUUGCACUGAAGAAGAAAAAAAUCGGCAAAAAAGCAGUGGUGAUUUCCCUUCAUAGUUUCCUACCGACAAAAUUUGUGAAAUUAAUUAUUGGCCAAAGCACAGGAAACGCACUGAAGUUUGCCGACUAUACACUGCAAGCAAUCAGUUCAUGGUUAGAUGAACACGAAUCUCAAGUUGGCUCGAUUCAACAUAUUUCAUUGGAAGGAUUUGGAACCAUAUCUUCCAGAUCAAAUAACUCGUUUGAUCUUCUACAGAACUGGAGCGAACAAAUUAAUUCUGCUGAGCUAGUUUUCUUCGUUGCAAACUCUGCAGCAGUACCAGCAUUAGUAUUGCUUGCACUGAAAAUGUUUCAAAGUGAAAUAUUUGACCUCAGUGACAAGAAAAUUGGUCUUUUGAGCAUGGCUGGAGCAAUCCUAGGGCCAUGUAUAGGCCUUGACACGAAAGUUGUCAUCCGUGCUUAUACCCAAAGUGAGAAUGAAAUCAUCAACGAAUUGUUUGAUUUACAGAAAAUCAAUUCAAACCUAAGCUUGUCUAUAAAGGAUGCUUUUCAUUGCCUCUGCAGCAACAACACGAAAAUCACUUUAGCAGGGUCUAUUUCUGAUCAGUUCAUUCCUCUCUAUUCCUCAUUGGGACAAGAAUUACAACACCCUAACAUCUUCCGGUGUAUUUUUGUGAACGAAAAUUGUGAAGUCCCUCCUUUUAUCGUCAAGCUCAUUCUUAUCAUUCUUAUUAUGGAGAACGUUGGACAUGGGGAUCACAAUUUGAUAAGCAUUUUGCUGGAGUUAACCCAAGCAGCAAGCCAAUUACCGGGUUCACACGGCAAGAUUUACUCCAAUUCCUCAAUUUAUGAGGCGGGAGUUAAGUUUGCCCUCGAGACGACCAGUGUCCGUCAACAACGAGAGACAAAGACCGUCGAUACCCCAAACACCAGUGACAGCGAAAGAAGCUUGUACCAUCUUCCAUGGUGUGUACGAGGGCUUCUCAACGACCUAAUGCACAUUAAGCAUAUCAAUAAUUUAGGUUUAUUGGGUGAACUCCAGAGGCACUACUUGAAGUGGGAGCCAACAACGAAGCAUUGGCGCACAGUUAAGCAUUGUUUUGCUGCUUUUGAGGAUCUUACAGUUGAGGAUAUUCUUCUUUGA